AUGACCGUACCCGCCGAAACGAACAUGCACGACCAGCAGGAAUCGGACGGCAGCUGGUAUGGCUUCGACUUGGAGCUGCGCACGCCGCCGCCCAUGUCCAGCAGCAACGGAAGCAGCGGCAUCAAUGGACACAGCAUGACGAACGGCAAUGGCGCCGUCAAUGGCCACAAUUCGCGAAAACGCACGUUCGACGAGGCUGCAACGCCGGUGCAAGAGACGCUGGACGUGGCUUGGGAUGACAGCCUGGACUUGUUGGAGGAUAUGGGCAUGAAUGGCAUGAAUGUGACACCGCAGAUGGGAUUCAUCACCCCCGAUUUCUCGCAGAAUGAAGACGGCUCGGUCACGUUCAGAUCGUCGGACGACUCGAUAGAAGAGAUCUCGCGAACAAAGAUGCAGACAGGAUGUAUCCCGUGCCUUAUCAAGGGUAUCAAAUGCGACCCAAACAACCCAGAAUGUAAAAUGGCCAUGUCAGACGACUGGGCUUUGAACUCGGGCUCGAGAAACGGUGAUGAUGAGGAUGGCUACCCUACGCCUGACAGCCUGACUUUGUUCCGACCUGACAUGAAGUGGCGACGAAGCUGGCGAGAGCGACACUGCCUCAACUUCUUCGUGAACUUCAGCGCGCCGCAAAUGGCCGGUUUCUUCGACUCGGCCUUCUGGCAGCGCAUGGUCAUCCAGACAUCAUACCACGAGCCUGCCAUUCGCCACGCAAUCACUGCCAUAGGGGCUCUGCACGAGUGCAUCAUGCAACGUGCGUUCGCUGACGACAAGCAAAAGGCCAAGGCGAUGGAGUUUGCGCUCAAUCAAUGCAACAAGGCCAUUUCAUGUCUAACUAAUGACGAGGCCACCGAGUACGAUCCAAACCGUCGCAGAAUUCCCAGCUCUCGACUCGCUCUGACGACCUGCGUCCUCUUCACUUGCUUCGAAGCCAUGCAAGGUCGAUGCGACAGUGCCGUCAACCAUGCGCUUCAAGGAAGACGUCUCCUGCAAGCUACUGGCCGACCGAACGUUACGAGUAUGCAGCCCGCCGAAGAGGACGACAUCGAACAAAUGCGACCUUUGGUAGAGCGCCUCGAAGUCCAAGCCACCGCUCUCCUGGACAAGGGCAGACGGCCUGAGAUCGAUACAUCGGGACAAACUCCUCCACUGCCACCGAUUGACUACAUUUUCAGCCUCGAGCACGCCCACAACACGCUGCACACCGCGCUGAACAGCGUCAUGCGCUUCAUGCAGGGCUUCCAUCCGACCGCGCCGCGGGACCACAUCGCCGUGACGAUGGCUGAGAAGUACUUGCGAUACGCACCAUGGUUCUCACAAUGGGAGGCUGCCUUCACGUCGUUCCUUUCGGACCAGCGUGACUUCAUGACGAACAUGGAUCUGAAGCGCGCAAUGGUGUUGAAAGCCAACCACCUCGUGGGGACCAUGCUUGCGUCUGUCGACCAGUCGGCAGGACCGGUCGCAUACGACGCGUAUGAGUCCGAAUUCAGAGCGAUUGUCGACCUCGCCAGGGAAGUGUUGGCAUCAUUCUCAUGCCCGCCUCUUCCUACACUCUCGGGACCGAACUCGGGUACGCCAUACCUGUCCUUCUCCCUAUGGGUGACCGAUCCUCUCUGGAUGGCCAUCUCACGAUGCCGAAACCCUACCAUCCGCCAGUCCGCAUUCACGUUACUGUCGCGAAACCCUAGACAAGAAGGAAUCUGGCAUGCAGGGCCCCAGCUACCAAAUUCCAGCCAAUACAUGCGACGAGUGGAGUCAGGUCCCACAAGCAGCCUGAGAGAAACUGUAAGAGGCGAGCGAUCGCCCGACCCCGAUGAUCCAAAUGGGCUAAAGUCUUCUUCCAGUCACGAGCCACCGCAAGAUAGUCUCCCUCUACCACAAUCAAGCUUCCCCCGGGGCAAGGUUCGGGCUGAGUGGGUUGACCUUCGCCAGCAGAUCACCGAAUGGAACGAAGGCAAGUAG